UGGUCACAUGGUACGGCUGGUUCCUGGGCUGGGAACUGGGUAACAAUGUUCUGCGGGGGGGUGGAACAGCUGCUGGACUUGUGUGUGCUGUCUCUGGCCAAAAGCCUCUCCCAUUAUGACUCUCAGAUUGACCCGCUGCCUCCGCACAUUAAGGACAAGCUGAUAAAACUGCUGAGUGUCCAUGGGCUCAUCACCGACUCAAACAUCAGUCAGGUGCUGCACCCCUGGGUGCUGAAACUGGACCUCCGAGAGUGCGACAUCUCCGACCUGUCUCUUCGGCUGCUGUCUCGCUGCCGCCAACUAAAGGAAAUUAAUGUAAAUGCGCACAAGGGGGAGGAGAGACCACUGGUCACUUCUGAAGGUCUCUCAGCAUUGGCCCAGUCCUGCCCCAGUCUCCAUGUGAUCUCUAUGAAAAGAUGCUCCAAUGUCACCGACCACGGGGUCCUGUCCGUCGCCCUCAACUGCCGCCUCCUGCAAGUCAUUAACCUGGGUGGCUGCUCCGGUAUCGGCGACGGGUCCCUGCGGGCCCUGGGGCAGAACUGCAGCUUCCUACAGAGCGUCGACUUCUCAGCAACCAAGGUCACAGACGAUGGCGUUCGAGCCCUGGUGAGCGGCAGAUGCGCACAAACAUUAAAGGAAGUGCUCAUGAGCCGCUGUGUUUUCCUGACGGACAGAGCUGUGGAACAUAUCGUCCUCUCCUGCCCCCACAUCAACAUCUUCCUCUUCCAUGGGUGCCCCCUCGUCACAGGUUGGUCCCGGGAGAUUCUGGACCACAUGGCCGGGUCCAACAAACUGAAACAAGUCACCUGGACCAUUUACUGACGGGUUCCCAGCACCCCAAAAAAGGGUGGGAGGGGCUUACAUUCCAAUAAAACAUUAACUGUAUUCAUA